UGCAGGCCCUGUGUAAUGUCACGUUGGAGCUAUAUGUGAAGGUGUAGGAUAGGGGCGCGUCUUUGAACUUAUCGAUCUGUGUCAAUUCAACAGCAAUGCCCGGGACCUCAAUGAUAGCAGUCCUACUGCUGCUGGUACAUGGUGUGGCUUUACAGGAUGUUUGUCACACCAGCUAUGGCGGGACGUGCGUUAACUACUACUUCAACUCGUGCCUGUCUGGAUCGUCGUAUGCACGAACCGGCUGUGGAUUCCAGGAGAUGUGCUGUAUUCCUCCCAAAUUCCAGUUGACUCCGCCAAUCCACGCCGGUCAGUGUGGAAUAAGCACACCUGUUACAACCCAUCAGUAUAAGAUAGUGGGCGGGACGAGAGCUCAGCCAGGAGAGUUUCCGUGGCAGGUGUCGAUGAGAUCAAAUGGACAUCAUGUGUGUGGCGGGAUCCUGAUCGCUGACCAGUGGGUCCUCACUGCCGCCCACUGCUUCAAUGAAAACAAAAACCCGUAUGCUUGGACUGUUGUGGUAGGAGAACACGACCGUGCCGUGCUAGAGGGCCACGAAAUCCUGGAAAAAGUUGACACCCUCUUCGUCCAUUCUCACUACAGUCCUAGUCGAUACUAUAACGACAUUGCUAUAGUAAAGCUGGGAAACGCCGUGCCCGCCUACACGGAAUUCAUCCGCCCCGUGUGUCUGCCGUCGGCCAAUGACAGCUAUGACGGCAUGAUCUGUACAGUAACAGGCUGGGGGGCAGCGCACAGUGGUGGCGUAGGGACAAGAAGUUUACUUAAAGCUGACGUGCCUCUGAUUUCAAAUGCUGUAUGUUCCUACUUGAUGGACAGAACAAUUCCAGCCACAGAGGUGUGCGCGGGAAGAAAGCAUGGGGGUGUAGACUCAUGUCAGGGAGACUCCGGGGGACCAAUGGUUUGUAAGAAAGAUGGUACGUGGAACAUUGUGGGAAUCGUCUCGUGGGGCUACUCCUGUGCAGAGGCCUACCAGCCAGGGGUUUACACGCGGGUACAGUCUUAUCUAGACUGGAUAAACCAAGUCCUGGCGUACUAUGGCGGACCCUCAGCUCCAGUCGUCGGGAAGAGAGAUACAAUCAAUUAUGUAUAGACUUAAAAAAUGCGUUUAAAAUAAAACUUAAAUGACUUUUUCAUUCACAAAUUCA